AUGGCUUCUUCAUCACAAGAGAUGAGUGAAAACUUUUGUGAAGUUAAAAGUGAUUUCAAAGAGCGUCUUAAAACUCUUUAUCCUAUGGUAAAUGAAGAGGAAACUCCUUUGCCGAAAUCAUGGAGUCCCAAAGAUAAAUUUAAUUACAUUGGUCUUUCUAAUGGCAAUUUAAGAGUUCAUUACAAAGAUUUAUUGACCUGUUCUAAGAUGGAAUCUGAAGGACUCCGAUCAUAUGCUGUUGUAGCAGCAGGGCAUGGUAAAACUCACAAAGAUGCUGCUAGUGUUAGAGCAACUCAUCCUAUUCCUGCAGCCUGUGGUUUAUAUUACUUUGAAGUAAAAAUUGUUAGUAAAGGACGUGAUGGAUACAUGGGAAUAGGAUUAUCAGCUCAGGGUGUAAAUAUGAAUCGGCUUCCAGGUUGGGAUAAACAUUCUUAUGGUUAUCAUGGGGAUGAUGGUCAUUCAUUUUGUUCUUCUGGAACUGGUCUUCCAUAUGGCCCUACGUUUACUACAGGAGAUGUUAUAGGUUGUGGAGUUAAUUUGAUUGACAAUACUUGCUUUUAUACCAAAAAUGGUCAUAAUUUGGGAGUUGCGUUCACAGACUUACCUGGUAACCUGUAUCCUACAGUUGGCUUACAGACACCUGGUGAAGUGGUUGAUGCGAAUUUUGGUCAAGCUCCAUUUGUAUUUGAUGUUGAAGAUAUGAUGAAAGAAUUGAGAGCUAGGACAAAGUUGACUAUCGAAAAUUUUCCAAUACCUGACAGUUAUGGUGAACACCAAUUAAUAUUACAGAGGUUGGUAUCUUCUUAUUUAGUUCAUCAUGGGUAUUGUUCUACCGCUGAAGCUUUUGCUUCUAGUACAGGUCAGGAGUUUAAUGAAGAAAUAACAUCAAUAAAAAAUAGACAAAAAAUUUUAAAACUUAUUCUUGCUGGCCGUAUGGGAGAAGCUAUUGACCUAACAUGGAGGCUGUAUCCUGGCUUAUUAGAAAGUAGACCUAAUUUAUUAUUUCUUUUAAAAUGUAGGCAAUUUAUAGAGAUGGUGAAUGGAAGUGAUAUAGAUAAUAAUACAAGGCACAUUGCUGCCCACACUUCUGUUAUUCAGUCAACCAAACCAUAUAGGAAUGUUGCUGAAAUCAAUGGUAUUUCGAAAAGUAAAGAUGAGACUCUGGGGGGAAAUGAUAAAAAUACCUGCAAUGGUUUGCAAAAUGGUUAUAUUUCUGAUGACCUUGCAAAAUGUUGUGAUUUGGAAAGUGGCAUUAGGGAAGUAUGUGGUGGUAGCCGCCAUGCUAUUCAAAGAAUGUUAGAUUUUGGAAGGGAAUUAUAUAACUACAGCCAGCAGUUAUUUCAUGAAAAUGGGUCUCAUGAGCAGAAUAAGAAAAUGUUGCAGGAUGCCUUCAGUUUAUUAGCCUAUGCUAAUCCAUGGGACAGCCCUGUAGGAUGGCAGCUAGAUCCAAUUCAAAGAGAAACUGUUUGUGCCCAGUUAAAUUCUGCCAUUUUAGAUUCAAGCAAUAUGGCGAGAAGGCCUCCAUUAGAAAUAGCAGUUUCACAUGCUAAAGAGUUAAUACAACUAAUGUCUAGAUCUGGGCUUGGUUCAUGUGCCUUUGCAAAUGUGGAUGAUAUAAUGAAUUGA